AUGGAUACCUGGAAUCAAAUCUCGAUUACUCUAAGUUAUCUUUCCCAUGAAUUGGUGGUGCUUGGGGGAGAUUUUAAUGCUAGUCUAGAAUCUAGUGAUAAGAUAGGGGGAAGGGUGGGCAUCACGGUAUCCCAACUGAGCUUUCAAAUUUUCAUUUUUAAUAAUGGAUUACGAGAAGUAAAGACCAUGAAUGAAGGUUCCUAUACUUGGUCGAAUAGGAGGAUUAGCAGAGACCAUAUUGCUGAGAAUUUGGAUAGAUAUUUUCUGAGAGGUAACUGGGCUACUAAACCUCUUUUGUUUGAAGCCAACGUUUUAUCCUUAGCGGGAUCGGAUCAUUUUCCCAUUGAGAUUCUCAUUUGUUUAGAUUGUGCUCCAAUUCGGUGUCCAUUCAAAUUUGAGAAAAUAUGGUCAAUGGACCCUACUCUGAAAGAGUUUGAUGCAUCAACAUGGAGGAAGGCUCCUGUGAGACCAAGCUCGGAAGCUUUCAUAUUUUUCAAAAAACUUCAGUACCUCAAAGGAAAAUUAAAGGAAUGGAACAUAAUUAAGUUCGGGAACAUCUUUGAUAAUAGAAACAAGGUUGAAGCGGAGUUAAAGGAUCUAGAGUGCUCGAUUUUAAAUCAUGGAAUAACAAUGGAGGCUUUUAAUAAGGAGAAGACCUUAAAAUUAAAAUUGAAUGAAAUAUUAGCAAGGGAAGAAGUCUACUGGAAGAAGAAAUCAAGAGAAGGAUGGUUAAAGGAAGGGGACAAGAACACAAUUUUUUUCCAUAAUUCAGUCAAAGUUAGAAGAUCUUGGAAUAAGGUGACGAGUAUUAAGAACAGGAAUAAUGAGGUUUUAAAUGAACUGGAAGAGAUCAACAAAGAAGUAGUGGAUUUCUUUAUUGAGUUGUUAUCAAAGAACCAGGACUUAGACUCCCAACAUUAG